GUGGUUGACCACCAUACUACAUCCUGGAGACUGAGAGGCCGGGCUCAGGCCUCAAUCGCCUUUAUACCGGGGUCUGUGGGAGGAGUCACAGAAGCAGUCAGCAGGGGGCGUGUCCAGACAGGUAUAUGUAGUUCACCACAACCACAUAAGCAGAUGUUCAAAAAUACUUGAUUGGUCUCUAAAAUGCAUUGUGUGUUGGUAAUGACAAAGUGUUGGGGACAACGGUUCUUUGUCAUAACAAAGCAGAAAUUGUUUCAAAAAAACCCAUAUGAAUUUUACAUCUGUUUUAAAAGUUCUUGUGAGAAAAUAGAAACUAAAAGUUUCAUGAAUUUAAUACUUACUAUUACUUUAUUUGACAACAAAGUUACAGAAUCUGGGUAGGGGACAAGUCCAGAAUAGUGAAAUUCUGGCACAUUCAAGUUUUUAUCUCGCUUCAAAAUUAAGAAAUUGUUAUUUAUGAAACAUACUGGAAAAAGUUUAGAGUUACAAUUACCUAACUUUUAAAACGACAGUACUUGUGUUUGUAAAAACUAUUUUUUUCUUGAAAACCUACCCCAGGGACAGAAAAGUUAUCCUAAUUAAAGUAUCAUCCUCAUAUCUAACUCUUCUUUUCCCCCAUUGGACUUUCCUGAUUCUACUUCAGGAAAACAUUGGCAACCAGUAUAUACUUAAAGCCAAAAGACCACAUAGGAGCAGAACAACAUCUAAAGAUUUGAUCCAGACACGUUGUACCUAACAGGUUCAGUUUCAUCCAGGUUCAUAAGAACUUCAAGCAAAAUGAAAACAAAGCCACUUUGCUGUACUGAAUACUUUGAUUGUAGAGCAACAUUAAAUAAAAAGUAAAAACAGAACCAGGGCAAUUAUCCUAAAUUGUUCUUGCCAGCACUUAUUGUCAAACUGAAAACUUGCAUGAACAUCAUGUUCCUUAUUUUUAUUUCCUUUUCUUCAGUCCUAAUAAUCUACUAAACAUUUACAGAGUUUACAUUUUCUUUGCCAUUUUAAAUAAUAAUUUUUCAGUGUUAUGUAGGUCUCAAAAGAGACUCCUACUCAAUUGAACUGAUUCAAAUCAAUACUUGAAAUUCUGCUUGAUCUGAACUUUAACCUACAGAGUCCUUUGAAGAUAGAGAGAUGAGAAGAACAGAGAAAUGAUAAAGGACACUUUGAUCUUUUACAUCUUUCUUAGCGAAGGCAAGAUCCCCAGGUACCUUUAGCUUCUGUCAAACAUGUUCAGGAAGACCUCUACUGUGGUUCUGAACCCGAAGUGUUAUAUCAAAAAGACUUCAGCUCACAUGUUAAAUCAGGAAUUGAGCUGUCAGACGCUUUUGAAAAUAGAGGGAAAUGAUUACUAUGCGGGGAGGCCUGAGACUGAAUGUAUUGGAAAAGAAAAUCAGUCUAUUGCUACAAAACUUUUUGUCAAACACCAUUAUGACCAUCUGGUUUAAUGAAUUAGUGUACAAAGGUAUUUGAUAUUCAAGGAAAUUAUCACAUUACAACAUAUCUGUUUAGGUCCUUACAACUCUUUGAUGACAGAUUAUUCUUAAAUGGAGAUCAACAAUCAUUACCAAGUGUUAUCUUGGCGUAGAAAAAUGCAUUUGCAUUUUCAGAGCCAACUUAAUAGGAUUUCUCAAAGAAGCACUAAUGUCUACUGAAACUAUUAUUCUUUGAAGGACAAAGCAGACAUUUAAGUUAUCAUUGGAAUCCAUACUCAUAUAAUUUGCAAUGAAUCAUGCUGCUGCCAAUUAGCUAUUUGUAACUGCUGUUCCACCUUGCACAGAUCCACUGUUUACUGGCUGAUGACUUUUAGAAGUAGCCAUUUUGAUCAACCACAUCCAGCGAAACAAUAAUAUGGAUAGGAGAAGUCAUUGUUGGGAAGGCUGUGAUGAAUUCCCAACGUUUUUUUGCUGUUUACCUCUGUGAUUCGUAACUUGUUGCAACUGCAAAAAUAGCUCUUCCCAUAAUGUUAACCUUACACUUAUUCUUCAACAUCAAUGUUUGCUGAUGAUCAACAGUGGCACACCUCAGAGGUCUGUGCUUAACCCACUGCUCUACUCUCUAUAGAAACAUGACUGUGUGGCUAGGCAUAGCUCAAAUAUUAUCUAUAACUUUGCUGAUGAUACUGUUACGUCUCCCGUAACUGAAGGACUUACCAGCAAAGAUAGAGAGGUCCAUUGAAGUCUAAUGUCCCUAUUUUCAAACAUUUUUAUUUAUAAAGGGGCACAAAAGUAAGGUUAAUGCAAACAUUCAGAUAAUGCACAUCACCAACACUCAAUCUAAAGCGCGGGUAUAGUCAUAAUCGUCAUUAAGAAGUAAUCUCGGCUGUUGUCUAGGGGAUAAUAUUUUUGUCCGUUAGAAAUAUAAAAAGUCAUUCAGAAGUCUGCAGACUUCAGCCUUUCGAGGAAUCGUUGGGUCUCACGUGUUUUAGAGGGAUCAGUGUAAACGAAAAGAAAAAUGGCCGGGUCUUUAUGAAGCCACUCCAUUAAAAAUCAGGGGAGCCUUGGUCUCCCCGUUGUUAGUUCGAAGUCCUUCUCGGUAGUAUCAGCCACCCACUCCCCAGGCAAAGGAGCUAGGAGCACACAUGGUGUUGAGUGGCUUCCAGCUCUCACGGGAUUGCUGAGCGAGCAAGUUCUUCUGGUGCAUCGCUAGGGUACUGCCUCCUGCAGUCCGCUUUUAUCUUUACUUGCAGAGUUGUAGCUGUCCAUCAAAGUAGGGGGAUGCAAUCUCCACCCCCUCUUUGCCCAAGGGUGUUCAUGUCCAUGGUUGCUGUCACGUAGUAGGGACACACAGGUGCCUCUAAGAACAAUGGUCAGAACCGUUGCAUUGUCUCUCACUUCCGAGACCCGAAUUAAUAGCGAUCUUGCGAUUCUCCGGAAGGAGGGGGCUGCUCCCGCUCCUUUGGCCCCUCAGAGCUGUGUUACCUUCAUAAUAAUACAACCAUUGAAUCUCAGGUGGUGACGAGAGGGCAUACAGGAGUGAAAUAUACCAACUAGUGGAGUGGUGCCACAGCAACAACCUGGCACUCAACAUCAGUAAGACAAAAGAGCUGAUUCUGGACUUCACGAAGGGUAAGACAAAGGAAUACAAACCAAUCCUCAUAGGGGGAAUCAGAAGUGGAAAGAGUGAGCAGUUUCAAGUUCCUGGGUGUCAAGAUCACUGAGGAUCUAACCUGGUCCCAACAUAUCGAUGUGGUAAUAAAGAAGGCAAGACAGUGGCUAUACUUUACUAGGAGUUUGAAGAGAUUUGGCAUGUCAACAAAUACACUCAAAAACUUCUAUAGUUGUACCAUGGAGAGCAUUUUGACAGGCUGCAUCACUGUCUGCUAUGGAGGGGCUACUGCACAGGACCAAAAGAAGUCACAUAAGGAUGUAAAUCUAGUCAGCUCCAUCUUGGGUACUUGCCUACAAAGGACCCAGGACAUCUUCAAGGAGCGGUGUCUCAGAAAGGCAGCAUCCAUUAUUAAGGACUUCCAGCACCCAGGGGAUGCCCUUUUCUCACUGUUACCAUCAGGUAGGAGGUACAGAAGCCUGAAGGCUCAUACUCAGAAAUUCAGGAACAGCUUCUUCCUCUCCACCAUCUGAUUCCUCAAUGAACAUUGAAUCUUUUGACACUACCUCACUUUUUAAAAAUAUACAGUAUUUCUGUUUUGCACAUUUAAAAAAAAUAUAUUCAAUAUACAUAAUUAAUGUACUUGUUUAUUUAUUAUUAUUACUUUUAUUUUAUUUAUUUGAUUUUUCUCUGCUAGAUUAUGUAUUGCAUUGAACUGCUGCUGUUAAGGUAACAAAUUACACGACACAUGCUGGUGAUAAUAAACCUGAUUCUAAUUCUGAUUCACUGUUCAUUAGAGUUUGAGAACCUGAGAGGACAAUGAAGGAGAGAAAUAGAGCCAAAUGUGGAAGUUAAAGAUGAAAUAAGCAAGUUUAUUUGCAGCAGCAGUGACAGAGAAAAACAGCAAAUUGUGUUUGAGUACAAGAAAAUAUGAAAAGUCAAAUUUAAAUUCAAAUCCAGAUGCAUACUCCCUCCAGUGGCUAAGAUUAAGAAUGAGAAAACUGCUAGAUCUAUUGUAAAAUAAUAAUUAUGGAGUCAAAUAGCACAGAAAUAGUCCAUACUCAGCCCCUAUCCUAAUACAACAUAUUGUUUCAAAUGUUAGUCGAAAUACUCUUUAAUAUUAUGAGAGUAUCUACCUCCUGCUCUCCCUCAGAUAGUGCAUUCCAGAUUUAAAACAACCUCUGAACGAAAAAAAUGUUCCUUAGAUUUUCUAUAAAUCUCCUGCCACUAAUGUAAACUGCGUCCUCUAGUAAAAGACAACUCUGUUAAGGGGAAGAAUUUUCUUUCUCUCACCCAUUACCUGUAAACUUUAUUCAGUUCCCUGUGCAAACUAGCCUGCUCCAAAAUAAAACAACACAUUCAACAUGAUCUCCCAUAGCUGAAACACAAUACCCUGGGCAACAUCUCCUCUGCAUUCUCUCAAUGCAUUUAUAUCCUUUCUAUAUUGUUGCAAAUAAAACACAGUACUCCAGCUGGAACCUAACUGAUGUUUUGUGUAGUUAUAUCCUAACCUUCCUGCUCUUCCUGUAUAUUAUGGUGUAAACAAGUAUGAGCACAAUUAACAUAGAUUUAUGAAAGGGAAAUUGUGUAUGACUAAUUUUGCAUUUAUUGUAUUAAUGUAUCAAAUAGACUUGAUAACAGGAGAACUAAUAGACGUGGUGCAUUUAGCUUUUCAGGUGGGUUUUGAUACAAUCCCACUCAGGAAGUUGGUGAAUAAAAAAUUAACAAUGCUGAUGCUUUAAACAUGAAAGAAAAACAGAAAAGAUAGAAAUAUUUAGCAGGUUAGGCAGCAUCUGUGAAAGCAGCUAAUAUUUCAGGUCCAGAAUUUCAUAAUGGGGAAAGAGAGAAACAUUAGAUGGCAAAGAAGAUGGGAGGGGAAUUGUAAGGAGUAAAGGGAGUAUGUCUGGAGCAUGAGAUCAGAUGACCUAAUGUGGGAGUUGAGAUUAAGUUUCUUUGGCUGUGUAACAUUAUUGUUGAUGGCAAGGCUGUGGGACUUGCUGGGAAACCCGAUUACACAAAAAAGGCAAAAAAAAAACUUAGCUAAAAUGAUGACAGAUUGAAAUGGCCUCUUCUGAUACACACCAAAAGUGGGAGUUAUCUAAAGGUUGGAGGAGUCCUGAAGGCUGCAUUGUGCUCAGGCAGAAGAUAUGGUUUUAUCCGUUUGUGUUGUGCCUUGUCACAACACUGAAGUUUGUCACAGGUUGAAAAAUUUAGAGUGGUAAUGGGAUGGUUUAUUAUAGUGGCAAAAUGUGGCCUGCCCUACAAUGAGGAAACCAGGCAUAGCUUAGGAAUUGCAAAACACAUAAGCUUCUGGUUGCCUUUCUCCUUUAUUCACCACCACAUUCUGACCUUUCAGGAAAUAAGAUCAGAGCAUACGCCACAAAGGAGAACAUACUGGUAUGGACUGAGAAUUGGUUAAUAGAUUGAGUGAUUAUUUCUACCCUUUGUUUUCAAAAAAAGAGAUCAAUUCAUUUCUAAUUAUGGUAAUCAGGAGAUACAAAAAUAGUGUAGGAACUUGACUCCUAGUUGGAAGAUCAGCUAAAUCUUGACAAGUAGCAAAACAGCCUCAAAGGAUCAGAUGCUUUUUGACUCCUAAUCCUUGUUUAUGUCAAUAGGUCUUUCUUCGGUUACCAAACCAUAGUAGUUAAAAUUGGUAUAUGAAUGCAGCCUGACCUGCUGAGUUCCUCCAGCAUUUUGUGUAUGUUGCUUUAGGUUUCCAAUAUUUGCAGAAUUUCCUGUGUUACUGGUGUAAUAGCAAUCUAGUUGAGGGGACCAAAUAUAUUUUCUUGUUUGCUGAUUAUGCAGAUCUGAGAAUAUGAAUACUGCUGAGAAGGCAAACAGAUUCAAGUUAAAUAAGUGGACAACAACAUGCAGAUGAAGUACAAUGUGGAAAAAAGUUAUCCAUUUUGUCAAAUAUUGAAUAUAUUUUAAAUAGAGAGCAAUUGGGAAGUGUCAAAAGGACCCAGAAGUAAAUGCAGAUGCAGCAGGUAAUAUUGAAUGCAAUUAGUAUGUUGGUGUUUAUUACUAAGAGUAUUUGAGUACAAAAGUAACUUGCUUUGGUAUAUUACAAGAUUUUUUUAAAUAAAACUCUAGAUUGUAAGAAACAAUUCACUACUGAUUGCUGAAUCAAUAGAUCUAUUAUGAAGAAACUGAAAAGGUUGGCUUCUAUUCACUAGAUUUUAGAAUCACAAGUGCAGUAUGUGAACAGAACUUUUGUAUGCCAGUUAUGACACCUGCAAUUCUAAAAUCUAAUGAAGAGAGACCAACCUAUUCAAUCUCUCUUCAUUAUAGAUCUGUUGAUCAAUUGUGACGAGAUUGGAACUGGAACUAAGGGCCAGAUUCAAAUUAACAGUUAGGCUACCUUAUUCUGAGAUGAAGAACGAUUUGUUCUUUGGGAGUGGCUUAUCUGAAAUCUACUUUAAAGGACCUUAGAAGCUCACUCACCACCGAAUGAAUUCAAACUGGACAGGGGUAGAUUUCUAGCCAUUGAGGAAUUAAGGAAUGUGAGAAUUGUUAGGGAGAAGGGUGUCUGAGAUAGCUCUGCCAUAUUUCGUAGGUUUUAGUGUCCGAGUUGUGUCUGGGCAGGGCAUCGUGGAGCCCAGCGCCAGGCGAGGACCGGUUGCCCCGGAGACGCUGGCCCGGCGUGGUGGAUGUUCCUUUAUGGCCGCGGUUGCCAAGCAGCAACUGGACAGGGCGCUCCGCUCCCAGGCGGCACAACAGCGUCUGACCAAGGGAGUGAGGAGGAGAAAACUGCCCGGGACCCGCUGGCAUCAAGAACUGCGAACAGGAGGGUUCAUUUCGGGAAGUCUGAGGAAAUAACACAUUAGGGAAACGCUGCGAGCGGCAAUGACGGCCGCCGUCAGUCUAGCGCGGCCGGCACAAACGGGCCAGACUGUGAUCCCCUUCGUGAAGGGACCCGAGGACCGACACUUUUUUACCAGCUUCCAGGACCAGAACAACGUCGCCUUCGCCAAGUGGACCCCUCAUGCAGCACCGCCUGAAGACUUGUAUCCGCUGGCUCCUCACCGGAAAGAUGUGCCACUGCUCGACCCCAUUUCGGGCUUCAAGAGCGUGGGCUGGAGCGCGGCGACAGGCAGCCCCCGGCUCCUUGGCGCCUCUUUCAACACGGCACCGGGCGGCGACUGCCGGGCUCGCACCGCUAUUCACGCCAGCAUGCGACCUCUACUACACGACGUAGCGGCACAGGCCCGCUGGAACUCGAAAUCGGUACCGACCGCAGCCAUCCGAGCGAGAGUGGGAGGCUGGACGAGCCCAGUCCGAGUGACACCAACACCACACUCAUCUGUUAAUCUGCAAACCCAUACUUUAAAUUUCAAUGUGGAUCCUACAGAUCAGACUACCAGUGAUCCAACAUCUGACAGUACAAGAGACACAAAAGCAAAAAGAUACAUGUACACAACAUCUACUCAGAGGAGUUAUGAGGAUGUUAAUUGGGACUGUAAGUUACCACCCAAAGUCAAUCUAGUGGAGGCAACACAGGAUGUACAAUCUGACCCUUUAUCUCAGCAUUCUACUCUAAAACGAUUUGAUCCAAGUCCUCAUGUGUGGCAAGCUGUGGGUGGGCUCGGAAUCUGGGACAAAUCUCAAUCCCGACCAUCAAGUGCUUUAACUAAACCAAUCAAUUUUACAAGUCCUUUUCCCAGAAUUCAACAGAUUCCAUUCUAUAGUGGCUCUAUUGCUGGCAAUAACCUUGAAGAUAUGGAUAAUCCCUACACUGAGUUUAUCCCCUUUACUGUUCUUCGAACCAAAAAGCCACGACAAACAGAUGCAAAUUAUUGCCCAGAUAUCCCUGGUUAUACAGGUAAAAGGCAAUGGUCUAGCACAGAAUCUAAUAAAUACAACAUUUCAAGAAUGUUUCACGUACCUCCUGAGCAAGUACAAGGAAUUCCACAAGACACUGAAAAGCAGUCAAAAUAUAGGCAUCAAUCACCGCUAUCUAAGAUGGUGACAACAGUUCCACCUUACAAUCCCUUUAAUUCAGUAACACCGAAAGUUGUACAUUCUCCAGAAGAGAACCCAAUGAUUCAGUAAUCUGUAACCCUGACCCCUGCAUCGAGUCUUCAGUCAUGGAAAAUACCAG